GUGGCAAGGUCACAGAGGUGGUCAUCAGGGGCGCAUCAGGGGCGCACCAGUCUGAUCAGAAUCGAUAGCACCGUCUUCAGGAUUCAAAAGCAGGUUGACAGGCUUAGAUCUCUUCCUUUUCGUGGUGCUGGGCUGAUUAGGACUGUCUGACUUGAUAAUACACAGCAUGUCUUUGCUCGCGGGGCAUCUUCACGUCCCAGCUUGGUGACUCUGAGGGGGGGGUUGCAUGGCCUUGUGGGGAAGGCUGCUCAUCCGAGCAAGUGAAGCGGGAGAAGGCGCACGUAGGGCUCUGGGGCAUGGUCUGAGUGGCAGGUCGGGGGCGCAGGCGAGGAGGGCGCUGGGGAAGGAGCCUGUUCAGACAGUCUUGGCACAGGGCCCUCCGCUUCGGUGCGGCGCAUCCGUGACGACAGUGCCGAUUGGUGUAGCCUUAGUACUCACAUCAAGCAGACAAGUUAGUAAAGCGGCCAGUUUGCUGCUGGCGCGCACCACCCGUUGCACUCUACAUCCCAAACACUUCAGUUCUUCUCUUCGAGGAAAGUCUUUGUCCUACUCCGGCCAGCAGCAGCUUUCUCUGACUUCCGCUGCUGUGCGAGCCUAUACCACUGGGGUAGGCCGCGGCACAGCCCGGCAGUGGACAGGGCCUCGCUCAUGGAGCAGUGCGGUGGGGGCCAGGGGCGGGGGGCGGGCGGGCAUGCACAGCGUGGCAGCGGGACGGGCGGGUGAGCUGCGGCAUGGGUGGCGGGCGCUGUGGGAGGCGUGGGUGGAGGGCAGCCGAGGAGGGACAGCCCUGCCCCCAGCACUGCGCACGGUGGGGGCCAUCAGCCUGGCCUGUGCGCGCUCCAAUGUUGCGGCGCGCGCGUUUGCGGUGGUCGUGGCACAGAGCUGGCGCAGCAAGGUGUACGCGGAGCCGCUCUUCCCCGGGAUGCACAUCAACAGCAGGGCCGCGCCGCCGCCCUCCCCGCUGUGGGCCGCAAUAAAGGCGUCUCUGGAGGGCCUGGUGCUGGUGCUGCGCAGCAUGUACCUGCUGCUCCUCUUCACCCCGGCCGUGCUCAUGGCCCCCCUGGCCGACAGCCUCGGGCCGCGCUUCCGCAAGCUCUGGCUGCGAGUGGUGCACGCCAGCCUCGAACAAGCAGGCGCUGCGUUCAUCAAGUGGGGCCAGUGGGCUGCGACGCGGCCGGACCUGUUCCCCAAGGACAUGUGCGAGCAGCUGACGCAGCUGCACUCCAACGCGCCCGCACACUCAUUCAAGACAACGCGGAAGAUCGUAGAGGCCGCCUUUGGGCGCCGCAUCUCCGAGCUUUUCGACGACUUCGAGGAGGUCCCCGUCGCCAGCGGCAGCAUCGCGCAGGUGCACAAGGCGGUGCUGAAGCGCGGGGGCCCCGUGCGGCUCAAGGGCGCGGCCAAGCGGCAGGAGGUGGCGGUCAAGGUGCGGCACCCAGGCGUGAGCGAGAUCAUCCGGCGCGACUUCGUCAUCAUGAACACCAUGGCGCAGCUCUGCUCCACGCUGCCCGGCCUGCGCUGGAUGCGCCUCGACGAGUCCGUCGCGCAAUUCGCCGUCUUCAUGCUCGAGCAGGUGGAUCUGGCGCGCGAGGCUGCGCAGCUGAGCCGGUUCCUGUACAACUUCCGGCGGUGGAAGGACGUGAGCUUCCCCGUCCCAGUGUACCCGCUGGUGCACCCUGCGGUGCUCGUCGAGACGUUUGAGCGCGGGCAGAGCGUGGCCGCCUUCAUGGACACCUCACGCAAGCCCGAGCUCAACUCGCAGCUCGCGCACAUUGGCACGCACACCCUCCUUAAAAUGCUCCUCGUGGACAACUUCAUCCACGCGGACCUGCACCCGGGCAACAUCCUGGUGCGCGUCGAGGGGCGGCGCAAGCACCCGCACCUGGUGCUGCUGGACGUGGGCAUGACCGCGCAGCUCGCGCCCCGCGACCGCUACACGCUGCUCGAGCUCUUCAAGGGCGUCGCCCAGCGCGACGGCCGCCGCGUCGCGGAGAUGACGCUGCAAUUCAGCCGGCAGCAGGAGUGCCCAGACCCAGCGCGCUUCGUGGCGGACGUGGAGAAGCUAUUUGAGAGCUUCCACGUGGACAAGCGCGCGAGCCUGCACACGGGCGAGUGCAUGGCGGAGCUGCUGGAGGAGGUGCGACGCCACCGCGUCAACAUCGACGGCUCCGUGUGCACCGUCAUCGUGACCACGCUGGUGCUGGAGAGCUGGCAGCGCCGCCUGGACCCCGACCUCAACAUCAUGGACACCCUGCACGCGCUGCUCUUCAAGGCCGACUGGGCCACCAGCGUCGGGCACACCAUCGACGCGCUCAUGGCGCCGUGAGGGGAGGGGCCGUCGUUAGUUUGAUGCAUAUUGUGUACUGUGGCCAGAAGGUACGGAUAGCAAGGUAACGUUGGUCCUGGAUAUGGCGAUCUGGUUGCUACAGGUUACAUCAGUCACUCAAAGUCAUGUUCUCGCUUUGUUUUUAAUAUCAAGGCGUCGCUCCGGCUCAGGGACGUCCUUGAGUUUUCAGUCUGGUCCAUCAUAUAUUUGACUUGUGUGGUGACUUUUUUGAAGCCGCACAUGCGGGCCUACUAGGCUAUCUGUCAAAUUUAUGAUGACAUUCACAACAUACAACAGUUUCAAGUUUUGCGUCACUGAAACAGCUAGCGCGGUCACUGACUUAAGAUUAGUAAUCAAGC